AUGAAGUACCGCUUCCUGGGCAACUCCGGACUGCUCGUGUCCAAGUUCGGCUUCGGCAGCUUCGUGACGUUCGACAUGCAAAUGGACUUUGAAAAGUCCUACGCCGUCUUCGAGCGCGCCUUCAAGAGCGGCGUCAACUUCUUCGACUCCGCCGAGACGUACGCGGACGGCGAGGCUGAAAAGUUCAUCGGCAAGAUCGUCAAGACGGGAGUCGAUCGCGGGGUCUGGAGCCGCGAGGACCUGGUGCUCACCACCAAGCUCUUCUUCGGCACCAAAUUGGCGCACGGCGGCGGUGGCCCGAACGAUACGGGACUCAGCCGUAAGCACAUCAUCGAAGGCAUGAAGGGCUCGCUCAAGCGAUUCGACCUCGACUACGUGGACGUUUUGUUUUGCCAUCGUCAGGACCCGUACACGCCCAUGGAGGAGAUUGUGCGCGGCAUGAACUACGUCAUCGAGCAAGGUUGGGCGUUCUACUGGGGCGCCAGUGAGUGGACGGGGGCUGAGAUUAUUGAGGCCUGUGAGGUGGCAGACCGCUUGGGCCUCAUUCGCCCGAUUUGCGACCAGACCCGUUACAACAUCCUCGACCGCUCUCGCGUGGACUACGACUUCGUGAAUCUGUACAAGAAAUACAAGUACGGCGUGACGGCUGUUUCGGCGCUGUCCGCGGGAGUUCUUACUGGCAAAUACAAGAAUGGAAUUCCCGAGGUACGAGUUGUAGGCUCCCGUAUGUCGGUACCCGGGUUCAACAAGGUCCUUGCGAAUGGUCUGGAGGAGAAAACGGCCAAGGCUCUUCAGCUCGAGGAAGUUGCCAAAGAAGUUGGCUGCACGCUGCCACAGCUGGCCAUCGCUUGGUGCGUCGCCAACCCCAACGUGUCGACUGUGCUGCUCGGCGCGUCGAGGAUCGAGCAGCUCGAGGAGAACCUCAAGGCACUGGAGUUCGAGGACAAGGUCACGCCCGCCAUCCGUGCCAUGAUCGACGCGAUCGCUGAAUUCAAACCCGAGCUGACCAAGGUCCAAGACAACGUGCACCAGAUCCGUGGCAAGUGGCAGUAA